AUGGGUCAACUGUUGACUUGCUUGAGCUGUCACGGCACUGGCGCGGAGCCCAGCACUCGCCAGCAUACGCCCCCGGCCGCUGUUCUCCUCGCUCCUCUCCCGCCUCUGCAGCAGCCGACCCUGAACACCACCUCGACGCCCGGCACAAGCACCAGUACCUUCCCCUUCUCGCUCGUACACUGGAGCUCAAACGCUAUCGUCCACACCUACUCCGCGAGUCUCGAUCCCGCGCUCUACCACGAGAUCCACCUCAUCAGCUCCGCUCUCGCUUCCCACACCCAGUACAUCUCCAUUGUCACGAACAGCUUGCGCAAUUUCCAUGCCCUCCGUGAUCCUCGGACCUGUCCUCGCUCGUCCCCACCGUCUCUCGAUGAAGUUGCAGAAUAUCUCCAAGCGAACUUUCCCCAACUGCGCAUCUGGGACCGGCUAGAUGACGCGUGGGGCGUCGUGGAGAAGCGUGAGUCUGCAAACGUGAUCUAUCUGUGCGAGUAUGUCAUGGCAGACAUGGACAAGUGGCUACAGCAACCACAUGCCGCCUCCCCCGUGGAGCGUUCUGGUCACUGUAUCAUCGCGAUCAUCGUCAUCGCUCACCAGCUCGUUCACGCGGCAGCCAAAGCUUUUUUCAGCGAGGACAGCACACCUGAGGGCCUAGGACCUGAGUCAGGCGGCGACAGCAAAGUGGGAUGGGCAGGAGAGGGGCAGCUUUUCGGUGGAUAUGUCUCCCUCGAGUGGGCUGGCGGUUUCCCUGCCUUCAAGAUCGACCAAAUCAUGGGCUUCUUUCUGGAGGAUCCGACUACUGGACAGCAGUACCCGAUUGAACACCAGUUUCUCAUCAGAUGGGCUGACGACCUCCGUCAAGCUCUCCUUUCAAAUGCGACUUUCCCACUGCGUCCCAUCAACUUCGGCACUGCCACGCCUGCCCCUCCUCCUCAGCCUGGCUACGCGCGCGUCCGCAUUGCCACAAACCAGCGGUACUCACCUCCGACGUUGCCGGUACGCGUUGGCACAGGACCUUGCUACCGUGUGACCGGCGGACCAUACCACAACGACCCGUACAGGCAGACUCGCGGUAACAGCGAAGGUUUCGUCUCUUCCGACACUUCUGACUGA